AUGACGUGGAGAAAAAAUGGAUUAGAUAUAUUUGUUGGUGAUGAUGAAAUUGAACAAACUUUUCAACAAGUUAAAACUCUUAUAAGUGCAACUAAAACACAACACAUUUUUCAUACGAUUUGUCAGCAGUUACAAUUACAAUAUGAACAAAGUAAAGAUAAUUCAUUUGAAAAUUAUCGAUUACGUAUAUUUUGGUUAACUGAUAGUCAUUGUUCAGACGUUUUACCUAUUCUUGAUCUUUUUCUUAAUUUAUCACAACAAACAAGUUUAUUAAUUGAUUUAUAUUAUGGAGACUCUGAUCCAAUACAACUUGCAAAUGCUCAACAAACAUUUAAUACACAUCUAACUAAUCAAACAAAAAAUUUCUCUAUUAUUUAUGAUGAAACAAUUGAUUUAUGUGAUAGUAAAACACUUGAAAAAAUACCAAUAGAAUCAUUUGAUAUUAUAUUUUCUGCAAAUCAAUUUCAACGUAAUCAAGAUUUAACAAAAAAGAAUUCUUUAAUUACUCGAAUUAAUCAUGCUCAAUUUAAUGAUGAUUCUAAUCUUAAUAUAAUUGCAUCAUCAUUUAUUAGUCUUGCACGAAGUUUAAUAACUGAAUAUGAACGACAUCGAUUGAAACUUAUUGAUCUUCAAACAUCAUUAAAUAAUAAUAAUAAUCAAUCAGCAUUUAUUCAUACUUUAAUAGAAUAUAUGAUUAAUUCAAGAUAUUCAACUGAUACUUGUCAAGUUGUUCUUCGUCUUAAUAAUACAAAUCAAAAUCAAGUUCAACAUUUAACAUGGCAUUAUGAAAUGUUACAAAAUAAUAAUGAACAAGAGAAAUCUAAAUUAGAACAAAUUUUUGUUAUUCCUAAACGAGAUGCUGUUCAAAAACCAUUUUGUAUUUGUAUAUCACAAUCUGGUUUUCUUUCUGAAUUAUCAUGGAUUGAAGAAGAUAGAGAAAAAGAAUUAUUACCAUCAGAUAUGGUAGUCUGA